AUGGCGUGCCGUGUGCAAGUGUGGCAGCGGCCCUGGAUGAGUGACACUGAGGAGUGCCUGGAUCCUGCACUGAAGAAGCAGGCAGUGAAUGUGAAGAAAAUGGAACAUUUGAAGAAAAAAGUGGAGCGGAAGAAGAAGAAACAGCAGAAGUGGAAGCCCAUGGAAAAAUGGAAACAGCCAGAGCAGAUGGAUGCUAAGGACCCAGCCCCGCUGCAGCAGUGCUUGGGACCUGGCUGUGUGUAUCCCACCCGGCCAGGCUCCAAAUACUGCUCAGACGCCUGUGGCAUGAAGUUGGCAGCUGACCGCAUUUAUGAGAUCCUGCCCCAGCGCAUCCAGCAGUGGAAGAACAGCCCCUGCAUUGCUGAGGAGCACGGCAAGAAAAUGCUUGAGCGCAUCCACCGUGAGCAGCAGGACACCCAAGCCUAUCUAAAGGAGAUGGAGCGUCAUUUCCAUGAACUUGAGGCCAUAAUUCUGCGUGGCAAGCAGCAGGCUGUGUACAACGAUGAGGAGAAAAGCGAAGAUGGCGGGGACAGCAGUCGCCUGCAGAUCUUCUGUGUCUCCUGUGGGCAAUCCACCAAUAUGCGUGUCGCCCUGCGUCACAUGGAGCGCUGCUUUGCCAAGUAUGAGUGCAAAUCGUCUUUCGGGUCCUUAUACCCCACUUGCAUUGAGGGGACCACCAGGCUCUUCUGUGAUAAGUAUGACCCACAGACUAAGAGGUACUGUAAGCGGCUCCAGGUGCUGUGCCCUGAGCACUCGAAGGACCCCAAGGUACCGGAUGAUGAGGUGUGUGGUUGCCCACUAGUGCACAAUGUCUUUGAACUCACUGAUAAUUUCUGUCACCUUCCCAAACGCUUGUGCAACCACCACUAUUGCUGGGAGAAACUAAGGCGUGCCGAGGUGGACCUACAGCGCAUUCGUGGGUUGCAGAAACUGGAAGAGCUGAAUAUGCAGGAGCACAAGGUGCGCACAGCUAUGAUGAACCGGGCAGGUCUGGUGGCCCUGAUGCUUCAUCAGACAGUCCAGCACGACCCGCUCACCUCUGACCUGCGCUCCAAAGUAGACAGCUGA